CUUGCACAUUGACGACAGAGUCGCGCGACGGAACUAUCUGUCCUUUCGUAUCCGUUCCAUCUAGUAUUCACCGAAAGAGUACAACAAUGAACAACGAACAGUUUCGUCGCCUUGUCGGUGCCAACACCCCCAAGCCUUCCGCGGAUCGCAAUGGCGCGUCUCCAGGUGCAGCCACUCCGCGCGGAGUAUCACUUGGUUCUAGGCAGAAAUCAAGUAUACCCAUGACACCGCGUUCAGUUGGCUUCCAUAAACCCGAUUUCGCGCGACAGUUAUCAGACCAAAACAAGGGUCAGAAGCAACCUAAAAAAUUUAAGUCGUAUGAUCCGAAAGGCAGCAAACUAGCAGAAGGGUACGUCGAUCGUUCUCGAAAUAGGGCCGCGGAAGAAGAAGAUGAGCGAGCAGCGCGAAUAAAGGCACUAGAAGAGUCUUUGAAGAAGGAAGAGAUUGAUCAAGAAACCUUCGACAAGCUCCGGAGUCAGAUUGCUGGCGGAGAUCUUUCCAGCACGCAUUUGAUAAAAGGCCUCGACUUUAAACUACUUGAGCGAAUACGAAAGGGGGAAGAUGUCUAUGGCGACGGUGGAGAAGGCGCGAAAGAGGAAUCUUCCGAGGAAGAAGCCGACUUUGACGAAGAGCUAGACAAACUAGGAGAAGAAGAGGUCACCACAGUCACGAAGGAGAAAACUAAAAAGAAGGGUCAAUUAUCAACCGCUCCGCUAAAUCCAUCGAAGAAGCGAACGAGAGACCAAAUUUUAGCCGAGAUGAAGGUUGCGAGGGAAGCUGCGAAAGCAAAAGAAGAUACCGGUCUGGGCUCAAAGUUCAAGAGGAUUGGCGCGAAGACUCCCGGAACGAGAAUAGAGAGAGACAACAAAGGUAGAGAGGUAUUAAUCGUGGUGGAUGAGGACGGCAACGAGAAGCGUAAAAUACGAAAGACUCAACCUGCGAUCGAGGAAACACCGAAAGCUGCGGAUAUGAUGCCUGAUAAAAAUGCCAAACCACUCGGUAUGGAAGUUCCGGAGCAGUAUAGGAAACAGGCCGAAGAACCAGAAGAUGAGGAUGUUAAUAUUUUUGAUGAUGUCGGUGAUGACUACGAUCCUCUUGCGGGACUGGAAGAGGAGGAUUCCGAGGACGAAGAAGCCGGCGAGAAGAAAACACAACCGCCUGAAGUUGGCAAAGAAGACAAUAUUGCUAUGCCUCCUCCACCUCGUCCAACCACGACAGAACCGCGGAACUAUUUCAAGGACUCUAAGACGGGAUUGAUAUCAUCAGAAACACUCAAGGCGCCUUCUAUGUCUGAUCCGGCAAUACAAGCUGCUUUCAAGAGGGCCGCAUCUCUCAAACAAAUUCCCAAGCCAACCGACGAGGAGGAUGAAGAAGCUAGGGCUAAGGCGGAGCGCCUGAAGAAAUUAUUGCAGUCGGACGACCGCGACGCGGAGGAUAUGGAUAUGGGCUUCGGUACGAGUAGGUUCGAAGACGAAGAGGACUUCGAAGAUAAAACAGUUAAGCUAUCAGAAUGGGGACGUGAAGACGACGAGGAUGGUCGCGGUGGGGGAGGUGGCCCUAAGCGCAAGAGAGCUCCCAAAAAGCGGAAGGGAGACGGUAAUAAUGCUGCGGACGUGUUACGAGUGAUUGAGAAACGCCGAGCUGCGGAAUAAUUCUACACUUAGUCAGAUCAUAGAUAAUAACAAUUGUAAAUUGGCCA